UUAAAAUGUCUGAUCAUGGCAGUGAGACCUUAGCCACUGGAGAAAAAGCAGACAUUACGGAGACGACCAGUAGUGAUUACCUACCCGAUAAUGCAGAAGUGCAGUGUGAUUCAGCUACAAUUUUGAAUCAGCCAACACCCGCUGACCCCAGAACAGAUGUGCAUGAAAAUGCAGCUGUUCAGGGUGCAGAGACUGCUGAUACCAGGCACCCUGAGCAGACCUUGGAGCCCCCCUUCAAUGGAGAAGUGGCUGAGGACACACUUGCUGAGUGCGUGGACUCUGUCAGCCUUGAGGCAGAUCCUGGAUCUGAAAUACCCCUGAAAGAACAGAAUAAUCCGGCCGUGGAUUCCCCUCUGCAUGGAGGGGGAUGGGCAGGAUGGGGCUCCUGGGGCAAAUCUCUGCUCUCAUCAGCGUCUGCCACAGUAGGUCACGGGUUGACAGCAGUCAAAGAGAAAGCAGGGGCCACCCUGCGGAUUCAUAGUGCAAAUUCCGGAUCUGCUGAAGGGGUCCAACCUGAUAAUGAAAACGAAGCCCCUCAAUUAACAGAUGCUGCCACAGAUCAGAGCCCCACAGAAAGUCCACCCACUUCUCCGUCGUCAGGGUCUCGAGGCAUGCUGUCAGCCAUCACCAAUGUGGUUCAAAACACAGGUAAAAGCGUCUUAACUGGUGGUCUUGAUGCGUUGGAAUUCAUCGGCAAGAAAACCAUGAACGUCCUUGCAGAAAGUGACCCAGGUUUUAGGCGGACCAAGACACUCAUGGAGAGAACCGUUUCUUUGUCUCAGAUGUUAAGGGAAGCCAAAGAGAAGGAGAAGCAGAGGCUGGCACAGCAGCUCACAGCAGAGAGGACUGCACACUAUGGGAUGCUGUUUGAUGAAUAUCAAGGCCUGUCACACCUGGAAGCCCUGGAAAUUCUGUCCAAUGAGAGCGAAAGCAAGGUUCAGUCAUUUUUAGCCUCCCUUGAUGGAGAGAAGCUGGAAAUCUUUAAAAAAGACCUAAUUUCUAUUAAAGACAUCUUUGCAGCCAAAGAAUUUGAGAAUGAAGAGAAUCAAGGACAAGGCUUAGAAGAAAGGGGAGAAGAAUUUGCUAGCAUGCUUACAGAUCUUCUCUUUGAAAUACAUGUCGCGGCCACACCUGACAAACUCAAUAAGGCCAUGAAGAAAGCCUAUGACUGGAUGGAAGAAGAUCAAACCGUGGUGUCAGCAGAUAUGGCAAAGGAGUCAGAGGAGGAAAUGAAGGAGGAAGAGAAGGAAGAGAAGGCUGCAAACCCUAAGGAAGACUCAAAGGAAGAAAGGAAAGUGAAGACAGUAGAGGAAGUUUACAUGCUGUGCAUUGAAAGUCUGGCAGAAGUAACAGCACGCUGUAUCGAGCAGCUUCAUAAAGUAGCAGAGUUAAUUCUUCAUGGACAAGAAGAGGAAAAACCAGCUCAGGACCAAGCAAAAGUUCUGAUAAAAUUAACUACUGCAAUGUGCAAUGAAGUGGCCUCUUUAUCAAAGAAGUUUACAAACUCUUUAACCACUGUUGGGAGCAACAAGAAGGCUGAAGUCCUUAGCCCCAUGAUCAAUAGUGUAUUGUUAGAGGGCUGUAACAGCACCACGUACAUACAGGAUGCCUUCCAGCUGCUGCUGCCCGUCCUGCAGGUUUCACAUAUCCAGACCAGUUGUUUGAAAGCACAGCCGUGACCGCGCCUGACUCCAUCUGGUUAAAGGAAGUGGCAGGCCUCGGAGCUCCAACGAAUGCCAUUUGAGGGGAUGUUUUUUAAGCGUUUGGUGGGUUUUAGAGGCCCAUUUGAGGACACUACAAGCAAUUUUGCACAGACAGUAUUGAGAGCAAGUUUAAAGAGAGUUAUCAUCUCUUAAUGUAUAUGGUCGUUUUUACCAAUAGUUGUGUUUUCUUUAUGUUAAUUUAAACAUAAACAGCUUGUAU